CUGCUCGAACUUUCCGUACAACAUGAAGGCUCCCGGGGCCGCUGUGCAGGGCAGAGUCUUCCGUACAACAGGGCCGCCUACGGAGCAGACGCCACGCCCCCUUCCGCCUGGCCACCGGAAGUUUCCAUUUAAAACCGAGGCGGCAGAGCUAGCGGCCCAUUUGGCGGUUGCUGCAGAAAAUCUUUUGAACUCGAGCGACGGGGAUUGUGGACCAGAGCGGUGGGUCCCUGGGACCCAGCCGUACCCAGACACCAUGACCAGUGUGGCGAAGACCGUGUUUUCCCUUGCAGAUACAAAAACUCGAGCCACUUCUAAGAGCCUGAUACCUGUUAAAUCCAAAGACAUCGACAUUUCCAAAAAUCAUCAUUCAGACAAUGAUACAACGAAAAUCACCAAACCAAAACGAGAGAAUAGGCAGAUGAAAGCUGCAGAGCCCACCAUUAAGAGGAACAUACGAAAGAGCUGCAGGCCAUCAAGGGAACAAAAAUCAGAGGAAGAGCUGAAAGAUAAGAACGAGCUCUUAGAGACUGUCAACAAGCAGUUGCACCAGAAGUUGGUUAAAACUCAGGGAGAGCUGAAGGACCUAACCCAGAAGGUGGAGCUGCUGGAGAAGUUUCAGGACAACUGUUUAGCAGUUUUAGAGCGCAAAGGUCUUAACCCAGGCAGCAACACCCUGGCAUCACAGCAGGAAGCCACUAUGGACCACAUGGACUCUGUGCUGCUGUUAGAAACUUUACAAGAUGAGCUGAAGCUAUUUAAUGAAACAGCCAAGAAGCAGAUGGAGGAGUUACAGGCCUUAAAAGUAAAGUUGAAGAUGAAAGAAGAAGAACGGGCCCAAUUCCUAGAGCAGCGAACUUUAUAUAAGCGACAAGUUACUGACUUUACAAAAGCGCUGGAGGAAAUGGAGCAGCUAUUGGAGAUGUAAUCAAAGGACAGCGGCCUGAUGGCUCCUUCUCAGGGAUGAACUCUGAGGAAGCCACUUAGGACAUCUUGGCCAUAGACUCCUAUGACUCACUGUCUUCAGGGUGAAAACAGUUUGAGGAAUCAGAUUAGGGCAGUUUAUUGCUGCAAUAGCAGCUUCUCCAUUAAGCAAGUUCUCUUGUCUUUAGACUGGUCAACUCUCCGGAGCCUCACAGUAGAUAACAGAGGCUACAAGAGAGGGACCGGGAAGCUUGAUCCACCUCCAAGGCCUCUCCGACACACGUUAGAUCAGGAGAUGAGAGCCAAGCGUAGGGGCACACAUCUGAUCCAAGCAUGGGGGAGGCUGAGGCAGGCAGAGGAUCCCUUGAGCUAAGGAGUUCAAGGUAAGCUUUGCGACACAGCAAGAUGGCGACUGAGCAUACAGAUCAGGAAACUACACCAGCCAGGACCUAGGCGGUCACAGACAGAUUUGCAGAAGGAAACCCUUGAUUACAAUUGGAGUGCGUUAAUUCCACGGGAGACAACACUUGAGAAGCCACACUGUCCUCUUCUUUCUUGUGAUGCGUUGUGUCCCAUCGUGGUUGGGCUCUGCACUUCAUUGAAAGUUAUGAACUUGAAGUUGCAUGAAGGUUUUUUGCUUAAUAAAUGGGAUGAAGGUAUCAAUAACAGUGCCUGAAAAAAAUACAUU